CGAACUUAUUCCGGAUACCUGACAAGAUGACCAAAGAAGAUGUCGACAGUGUUGAAAGGGAGAGUGUUGCCGCCAUGGCUGGCAAUGAAAACGAGUUGCUUCUGCAGUCGGAAAACAAAUCAAAUGACUCGGACGCACCAGAAUUGAACGACGCUGAGCACACUGAGAAUAAGUCCGAGUCGAAUUCGCCCCAACCCCAGGAAAAUCAAAACAAUGAGGAUGCCGUGGACACUGCCGAUGAGCAGGAGCUACUGGAACGCAUGCGUGCUGAUGCUGUCGGCGACACAAUGUACAGCAAGAAGUUCAUACUGCAGACGCUGAUGCGACUCAGCCAGCAGAAGCCGGAAUCAGCACUGGAGCUGGACCUGGAGGAUGAUUUGUGCAAGCUGUGGGAUAUGUCAGUGUCGCCGGAGGUGGUUGCACUCCUGCUGGAAAGCGAUGCCAUCGAGCUGAUUAUGUUUGCCAUCGCGGGCAGUGAGGAUGUGCGUCUCUAUGAGAUACUCACCGGUCUGCUGGGCAACAUGUGCGCCCAGGUGGAGUGCGUCGAGCAACUGACGGCGAAUGCGGACUGGAUUGAGUUGCUGCUCAAGCUGUGCACCUGCAUGGACACCUGCAUGCUGCUCCAGCUGAUGCGCAUCUAUCAGUAUGUUAUGGCACAUGUGGUCAGUGGCAAGGAGCAGCUGGCCAUCGAUUGGUACAUCUGCUUUGCCGCUUGCGAGAGCUCCGCUAAGAAUCUCGGCUUCAUACUGCAGCAGUCGGUGAGCGAUGAACUGCUGAUCGCAGCGCUUAAAGCCAUCAAUGCUGUGCUGGCCAGCUGCGCCCUGGUGGAGGAGGAGAACGCUCAGUCGAACAACAAAUUGAAGCCAUUCGCUGAAGUGUUCCUGGUGCAGGAGCUCUGUGAUGGCGUCAACAAUGCAUUCAUUCGCCUCAUGCGCGACGACCUGGAAAAGCAGGCAGAUGAAGUCGAUGGUCUUGCUGGUGAUCAGUUGCCGGUCGCAAAUUCAAAUGAUAAUGAUGAUGAUGAUGGCGAUGACGAUUCCCAAAGCUUACCAAAAAUCAACUGCGAUGUUGAAGUAAUUCAGACCUACCUCAAUAUAUGCACCAUUUUGGUGCAGCUGCCCGAGGCGCAGUCAUCCAUGGAUCUGUAUGCAGCCAGCAUCAUGUAUUGCCUGACGCGCAUACUCCAAUUCCUGCAGCAGCCCAUGCAGCUGCUGCCACUGGGCGAGCGACAGGAGGAGUAUCUCGAGGACUUGGCCCACAUUUGCAGCUGUCUCAAAUAUUUCUAUGAAAAGGAUGCGUUUGUGCAUUUGCUCGGCAUCUGGACAAUUCUCAGCAAGCACAUUGUAGACUAUGCCGACUAUGAUGAAAACGAUUUCGAGUCUUGUGAGGACGAACCCCGUUGGCAGUACGAAGAGCACGCUUUUAAGCUGUUGCGCCUGCUGGGGCACAUGCUCAUUCGCGCGGAUGAGUCCAUUCUAGUAAAGGAUAUGCAAGAAAUGGACGGUAACAGAGUGGAAAUGUUACGAGCUGCUUUGCAGGUCGAACAGGAUGAAGAUGUGAUUCUGCAGAGCGCACAGCUCCGUCUGAGCGCCGUUCUAAACGAAGUUGCUGGCCAAGCCAAAUAAUACUCACAACUGGACUGAACAUUGUUGCAUAUAUGCACACAAUACAAACAUACAUUAAUACAUACUUAUACUUAUUAUAUA